AUGAACGAUCUAUCUCACUACAUGAUUGAGGAUGACAUCUUUGAUAAUAAUAGUAUAUUGGUAAAAGAAACUAACAAGGAGAUACAAGAGGCGAUGGAAAUUGUGAAAUUACCGGCGUUAAAAAAAGAGUUGAUAAGUUGUAAGAAUGUCAUAGCGGAAGUCAAAAUUAAUUUAAAUAAUUUGAUUAUAGACGAAUUCAGUUUACGUUGGAAUUAUAUACCUAUAGAAGGGGCGUUCAGGCGUUGGUUUAAAGAAUUGACGUACAAUACUACAAAAAUUGACAUAAUGAUGUUAGAUUAUGUUAAAGAGUGUUUUAUAGAGUCAGGUGGCUCGAAUUUGCUGAUUGAUUGGAAAGAAUCUUUCGCGUUAAUUAAUAACGAAGUUAAGAAGAGUUUGGGGUAUUCCGAACAAGAAAUGUCCACGUUGUACUGUACUAUAGAAGAAGAAGCAUGGGAUCAUAUUUGGGUAUGUCCAAAAAAUAAAGAAGAUCAAUUAGAGUUCGAGAUAUUUAAGAGUAGUAUUGAUAAAGUUCUGGGUGAACGCGUUGGAGAAUGGGAGAAGAACAAGUUGAUGAAUUUUAAAGAAAAGAUGUUAGACGUAGCAAGUGAUAAAUCAUUGAUAAUGGUGCAAGAAGGAAUUUUAAGAGAACUGACAAGAGGGUUGAAAGUAUGGAAUGAACGAUGCUUCGAGACGAUAGAAUUGGAAAAGCAACUGGGAAUUUUCAAAGAUCUAAAAAGGAAAAAGAAAAGAACAGAAAAGAGCGACGAAGAUUUGGUAGAUCAAUUAGAAAAUAACGAAAACGAGAAAAAAAAAUAA